UUGUGUGCUGACGACAGGUGCGGGGCGUUGCAAGACGGCUCAAGCAAGGAAAUCCUAUAAAAAAUAAAACAAACCGCCCCUGAGUCGAGAAAAAAGACAGAAACAACAAUAGGCUUCGUCUCGCAAUCGACUGGGUGAAACGAAAUUUGCCUGACCGCCCAACGCCAAAUGUCGCGAGAUGAGAAAGCUGAAAGCCCAAACUGCAGCUGGCGCCAAAUGCAUGCGGCGAGAGGUGGGGGGGCUGCGCGUGUUGAUGCCCGCUCCUUGCUGCAAGUUCGUGUGGUGGCUGGGUGGAAUGUUGGUGGCUGGUGCGAGCCAAGCCCCCCAAAUUCCACGAGGCUGGCCGGCCAAGGCCCCACUGAUCUCCCGAGCAUCCAUGCCUGCCUGUUGUUACCCACUGAAGUCUCCGACCUGGCAUUGCCGGUCUCCCGCAAGAAGAGGGCCCCUAGGCCGGCUUCCAUUGGGCACCUUGGCCCCCGGUCGGGGGCAUUUCCACCAGGCAUUGCGUCGUGCGGCGCGCGCCCGGGUCGGGUCGCGGCGCUCAAAAGUGGAAUCCACAAACACUGCAGUCUAAAUCCAGCCCGGAUUCACGCUUCCAAAGAAACGCGCGUCAAAUUUGUCAUUGCCUGCCUUUCAUUCAUUCCUUCCUCCUUCUUUCCAAUGCCCCACAAGAGAGAGAUUGCGUUCACCUCCCAUGUCACGUCGUGUCGGAAUAUCCAUCCUUUCCUAUGCAAUUGCGGGCCAACACUAACCACCUGCACCUGUUCCGUACCGGUGUCAUCUACCCCGCGAACAGAGAAGUCCUGCUGCGUUGUAUUUCUAUUCCACAGAAUUCCGGUCUAUCGGAUCAGCUUUAGACUUGAGCCUUGAUACGAGGGCUAGCGUUGCUGCUGUUUGUGUUUCUUUCGAAACAGCCGCCCGCUCUACAUCUGGUUGAGGCGCU